UUUCAUAUUUCUAUAUUCAUCAUCUUCCACAUUUUUCCUUCAAAAUUCAUCUUCCACAUUCAUCAUCACAUCACUCUGUACAGUCCUUUUCCAUGGCUUCUUCUUCAAUUCGUCCAUCACUCUCUUCACUCAACAAAUUACCCUCUUUCUCUUCACGCAACCUCUCUCAGAGAUUCUCUCUUUUUCAUCUUCGUAAUGGUGUUAGACUACUGCCCCAAAAUUUUGGUCUUAAAGCAUCUAGGUUGUUGAGACAUGAUAGUGGAAGUAUGAGAGUGAUGGCAUCAAGGAGCAUGUCUCAAUCUGUUACACAGGAAAAUGCAUUAGAUUGGGUGAAGUGGGACAAGAGAAGAAUGCUUCAUGUCGUAUAUCGUGUUGGUGACUUCGACAAGAGCAUAAAAUUUUAUACAGAGUGCCUUGGAAUGAAGGUGCUCAGAAAACGUGACAUGACAGAGGAGAAAUAUACUAAUGCCUUUCUUGGAUACGGCCCUGAGGAUGCACACUUUGCGAUUGAACUAACAUACAAUUAUGGGAUUGAGACCUAUGACAUUGGAACCGGAUUUGGCCAUUAUGGUAUUGCUAUGGAUGAUAUUUCAAGAGUCGUGGACAUUGUGAGAGCUAAGGGUGGCAUAAUAACUAGAGAGCCUGGUCCGGUCAAGGGAGGCGACUCAACUGUUGCAGUUAUUGAAGACCCUGAUGGUUAUAAAUUUGAACUUUUGGAAAGGGCUCCCUCUCCCGAACCCCUGUGCAAAGUAAUGCUUCGGGUUGGUGAUCUUGAUCGAUCCAUAAAAUUUUACGAGAAGGUUGUUGGUAUGGAGUUGCUUCGUAAACAAGAUGAUCCAGAAUCCAAGUGUACUGUUGCAAUAAUGGGUUAUGGUCCAGAAGAAAAAACUACUGUUCUGGAAUUGACUUACAACUAUGGAAUCACAAAAUAUGAUAAAGGAGAUGCAUAUGCUCAGAUUGCAAUAGGCACAGAUGAUGUGUACAAAACUGCAGAAGCAAUUAAACUUGCUGGAGGAAAGAUUACUCGUGAAGCUGGACCAGUACCUGGUUACAGAACAAAAAUCACAUCAUGUGUGGAUCCCGAUGGUUGGAAAACGGUUUUUGUAGAUAAUCAUGAUUUCCAUAAAGAGCUUGAGUAAUUUUAUAUGGUUCACCGCGACUGUCUUGUGAAGAAAUUCUUUGUAGAAGCUGUUUGCGUCAGGGAAUGUUCAUACUCACAUCCAAUUUUUUGUAGAUGAUAGAAUAAUAAUGGCUACACCAGUUGACCCUUGUUUAUACAUUUGAAUGGACAUAAGUUUUGCCCUCAUCCUUGCACCAUUUCCUUUCAUUUUCUUUUGAGCUUCGUCUCAGUUUUUGGUUCAUUGUAUUUUUUUUUUUCUGCGUCGAAGUGAUGUCAAUGCACGCGUGAACUCAGUUGCGCAAACUCAGUUUGCUUAUGUUCCCAUAAACUCAAUUCAUGUACGUUUCACCCAAUUCAUGAAUAUAUUUGAAUUGAGUUCACAUCA